AUGGCACAGCAAGACGCGUUGACCCUCCAGAAUACCACGGGAACCGCUGCAGCUCCCAUACAACACAAAGAGAGGAGAUACCAGUCUUAUCCAGGAAGUAACUACGUCCUGCCGUCAGAUGAUGCGGAGAGACACAGACGAUCCCGCAGACUUGCCCUCCAGCAUAAGCUGCUCACGCAGGUUCUGGAGAGCCGGCUCAUCUUGCCUGAUGUCACGAUAAGCCCGGAGGACCAUAUUCUGGACAGCGGAACGGGAUCUGGCACAUGGUUGCUGGACGUCAUGAAUGUCGUUCCUGGUACGACUGUCUUGCACGGCCUCGACAUCGAGCCAGGCUUGUUUCCACAAGAGGACAACGCCGUCGUCUCGCGCGGGAACGUACAGUUCCACGUCGGGAGCAUCACAGCGUUACCGGGCGACUGGAACAACAAGUUCAAGCUCAUCAACCAGCGACUCCUCAUUGGCGCGUUGCGCAAGGCGGAAUGGGAGAGAGCUCUCUCGGAAAUGUUCCGGGUCGUCGUACCCGGCGGUUGGGUGCAGUUCGGAGAGAUCGUGGGUUACAAGGCCGGGCCCGACACGGCGAGGUUCAGUGCACUGGCAAAGGCUGUUGGCGUAGCGAAGGACCUGCUCGCCGACUGCGCCGCUCGCCUUCCGGAUAUGCUCCGCCAAGCCGGGUUCUCACAAGUCAGCGUUGAGGAGAAACAGAUUCCGAUGGGAAGCCGUGGAGGACAGCUUGCUGUCGAUGCCCGCAACAACUGGAUAGCUUCCUUCCGAGGGAUGAAGACUCCUAUACUGAAGGCUGGAGGGUUCGGUUAUGUCAGUUCGGAAGCUGACUUCGAUGCUAUGGUUGACAGGAUGGAGAAGGAAAUGCAGGAUUCGGCAGACGCGGAGAUGAAAUACACCGUAGUCUAUGCCCAGAAACCUCUAGUUUGA